AUGGAAGACGAAUCUCUUUUCCAAGUGGGCGAGACGGUCGAGUUUUGGCGAGUGCUGGUGCACUUGAGCGUGCUAGCACUCUGCCUCGUGCUCUUUGAAAAGGCGCUGCAUCGUCUGGAGCGCAACUUCCCUCCGUCCGACAAAUAUCAGCACAUGCUCAAGAAAGUAUACCGCGAACUCAUGACCCUCGGCUUGAUCAGCCUUGGACUCAAGAUAUUCAAGGAAGUCCCCAGCUUCGACAGCGAGGGGAAGCCAAUGAUCGCGUUUGAGGUGGCCGACCUGGCCAUCUUUCUCUUGGCGCUUACGCUUAUUUUGCAGUCUGCUGCCAUAUUCCUGAUGCUCCGCAACCAGAACGACCGGGCUGAUCGAGCCGAGUUGGUUACAACGAGAGGCCUGGCCCAAGCGAUAACUUCAACGGACUCGGAAGACAUGGGGCCUUCGUUCGUCCAGACACUAUUCUGUUGUGGCAGAGUAGCGAAGCGAAAGUCCAUGGACAAGGAACUUGUCGAGUUGCGCCUACUACGACGCCUGUUCUUGCGACGAUUUGGACUACCACAGCUCUUCCCGUUCGCCACAUACCUCAGUCGCGCGCAAGCGAGCCAGAUUUCGCUCAUGAUUGAGGUGGAACCGUCGAUGUGGAUCGCUCUGCUCGCCGUAGCAUGGUCGAUCUGCGGAGUGCUCCGACUACUGAAGGCGCUAGACGGCACCAUACCGGCGCGCCAGGAGCUUGUGGAGGCGUUUUUCAUGAUAGCGUGGAUCCUAUUGCUUCUGCACUUCAUAGUGUGCCUGUACUUUCGUACGUGUGUGCACUACCUUCUGCGGGUAGCGGCAUUCAGUGAAGAUAAAACAGUUCUUAGCGCAAAUUUGAACGCGAUCGCUGAAGAGGAAGAAAAAGCUUGGCGAAGUGAGGAGGCGGAUAAGGCGCUACGGAUCAUGUGCAGUAUCCAAGAACAGCACGAGGAGCUUCAUUGCCGGCGCCAGCUCGUAGCUGGUUCGCCAGAGCUUGAGCUCCGCUUCUUCUCUCACGAAGUUUGGCACGCCACCGUCAUGCUUUUGCUGAUUCUGAACGGAUUCCUCGUCAACCUGUUCGUGCAGUGCGUUGUGUACGAUCUGGACGAGAUCUAUGACGACUUUGGAGCUCUACCGACCAUUGUGGUGCCGCUGCCUUUGGUGCUGAAUACGGUUGUAUUUCAGCGCCGCAUCUUCUACGACUUCGUUGUCAUCAGCAACAUCCUCCGCGUGGACUCUCGUGUGCUCAGCGAUGUGGUUGAAAACUUCGGCGACGUCAUUCAGCUUCGGUCUGAGUUCGGAACCUCGUUGUUGCAACAAAUAACGCAGCGUCAGUUGUCUGUCAUGGAUCUGGAAGCAGAGCUGAAGGCUCGAGACCCCAGUGGCUCGGGGCUUAUCGGCGUGGAAGACCUUCGUGUAGUUCUCGCAAAGUUUGGAGUCCGCCUGACACGGUUUCGCUUCAACAGUGUCGUGAAGUUGUUGUUCGAGCUCGAGGGCAUGGCUCUCGCUUACUCCCAAGUUAUCCGCCUCGUCUUGAUGGCUAAAAGCGAGAGCCACGCCGCCAGGGCCAACUUUGUCGGCCAGCACCAGCCACUCCCGCUGCUGCGCUCUCGCAAUUUCGCUCGCGACAACUUCGGUGCACCGUCUCAGUCAAACUACAACUUGUUUUCCUCAACCAAGCAGCUACCCCCAUCGAACACGGAGCCCAAACCCAACCCAAGUGCUCGAAUGGACAGCCGUAACUGA